AUGUCAGGCUGUAGCGAGAAUUUGGACACGCAGAGUUCAUUCUACGUGGAGUCUGGGCGAUACACGACCAAGUACCUUCGAAUCGUGCGCAUAUGUUUCACUCGACCGUUCUUAAGAAACGAGGAUGACAUGACGUCAGCCAGCAACCCAACAUCCUCAUCACCGGUAUCAUCUUCACUCAGAUCUUCACCUUUAUCUUUUUUGUCAUCGUCGCCCAAUUUGCGAAACGACGAAAACACGAGUUUGACGGAAGAUGCGCCCAUCCAGACCGUCGCAAAUAGGAGUGCCGACUUUUGCUCAAUCCACGCAGCUUUUGAUAAACAAACAAAAAAUGACGAUCGAGUCGACGUUGAACAUUCUUCGAAGGUAAACGACGGUUGUAAAGUAAGCAGGCCCAGGUUCAUUUCCCUUUUCAAAUCACUUUCUCAAGAUGGAACUUCCCUGGAGAAGCAGCAACAGAAACUCUCAGAGAAACAACAAAAACAUCAAUACCAACUCAGACGUCAGACUUCACUCAAUUUUCCGCAACAACAACAUCAGCAACAACAACAUCGCCAAAGACGAUUAACGCAUUCUUGUUCUCUACACUUACCACGAAACCAGCAGCGAAACACACAUCAACAAUAUCAACAACUGAACCCAAACUACGUGACCUUUGAACCGGUCAUGUUGAGUUCAGGGGGUAUCAUUGGCAUACCAUUGUUUGAGAGGCUCUCGGAGACGAUGAAGCGAGCCAUGCUGUGGCUUUCACAGUGCAGUCCAGACAUCCAGGUGAUUUCAGCGGAGACAGUGCCAGUACGAAUUUUCUCCGGCAAUCAGUACGGCAACCACGAAGUGACGUACACCUGGAACAGGGGCGAACAGAAGGAGUUCUGGCUCUUUGUUAUCAGGCUUUACAUAUCAGGUGAUUUUCGAUUCAGCCCACCAGAUGUCUUGCUACCUCCGUUCCUCUUGAAGAAACGUAACGAGAACUGUUGCCAUGUCUCUUGACAGAUGAUCUUCAUCACUUCAGCAGAUGCUCUUAUUCUCACUUUUUUGAUGUUGUUCAUAUUUUUGAUGUUCGUGAAUUUUAUAACAACAUUUGCGUCAUUACUUGAUGAAAAAAAAUUAAGAAGAAUGUUCGUCGAUUCAAACGUUAUUUUGUUGUUCGCAGAGCUGCUUGAGUGUUAAUAACUGUGUGACGUCACUUUUUUUUAUAUCGUUUCAUUGGAUUCAUUCAUUGAUAUACAACAACACAACAAAUCACACAUUAUAUACGUAUAUUACGUAUACACACGUUCAUUUUGUAUAUGCAUAGAAUGUACAAGUUGUAUGUAUAUGUAGUUAUUGUAUGUAUGAACAUUAUUUCUUUAAUAUGUUCUUAGGAAAUUUUUUGUUGUCGAAAAAAUAAUUAAUAUUGUAAUUAAAUACCGUAGGGACAAGUAGUGGGUGAUUUAAAUAAUAAAAGUAUUCAGUGGGUUGGAUCUAGAUGGAGGGGGCCGAGAGGGGCACUGACCCCCCUCUGUGAGCAGUUUUUUAAUAAAAAUCAUAAAAGGACCGUUUUAUGUGUAAAAUCGACCAAAAAUUGAACGUGAUAAGCAAAAAAAGAUCGUCAGCCCCACAACCACUAAUCUGGACGCCCUUUUGAAAAUUUUGGCUCCCAUCGUGAUAAUUUUCAACACUUUCAAAUUUUUGCCCACCCCCUCGUUGCGUGCGUCAAAGUUAUCUAGAUCCGCCACUGUAAGUAUUAAAAUUUUCCCUACAAACUUCGAUUUAAUUUAAUAAAAAUGUUCCAAAUAAUAAAUAACUUUUAAUUUGG